GACUUUUGAACACAAAUGUCAAGGCUGCACGAAAUCGAUCUAAGAAAAUCAGACAUUGAAACAGAAGACUCUUGUCUCUUUGUUUCUCUCUAUAUAUAUACACACAGUAAUAUCCAUAUCUAGAGAGAUCUACAAAGGUUGAGAUUAAUAUCAGAAAAUGGCGGUUGAAGACGAUGUAUCUUCGAUAAGAACGACGACGUUAGUGGCGCCAACAAGACCCACGAUUACAGUUCCCCAAAGACCUCCUGCGAUCGAAACGGCGGCGUAUUUCUUUGGCGGUGGAGAUGGGCUUAGUCUGAGCCCAGGACCACUUUCUUUUGUCUCGUCGUUGUUCGUUGACAACUUCCCUGACGUCUUGACGCCGGAUAACCAACGGACAACGUCGUUUUCUCAGCUUCUUGCCGGAGCUAUGUCGGUUUCUCCUGGUGGCGGAGGACGUUCAACGGCGGGGAUGUUCGCCGGAGGAGGUCCUAUGUUUACAAUCCCUUCUGGUUUCAGCCCUUCUAGUCUUCUCACCUCUCCCAUGUUCUUUCCUCCUCAGGCGCCAGCCCAGACCGGCUUUGUCCACUCGCAGCCACAGCCGCAACAGCAACCACCAGGUCCACCACGACCAGACACAUUUCCUCAUCAUAUGCCGCCAUCUACAUCCACCGCCGUCCAUGGCCGUCAAUCAUUCGAAGUGUCGACGCAAGCCGAUCAAAGAGCUAGAAACCACUACAAUAAUCCGGGGAAUAAUAACAAUAAUAACCGGUCGUAUAACGUGGUGAAUGUUGAUAAACCGGCGGAUGACGGUUAUAACUGGAGGAAGUACGGACAGAAGCCGAUCAAAGGGUGUGAAUAUCCAAGGAGUUAUUACAAAUGUACACAUGUUAACUGUCCGGUUAAGAAGAAAGUUGAACGGUCAUCGGAUGGACAGAUCACUCAGAUAAUUUACAAGGGUCAACAUGAUCACGAGAGGCCUCAGAAUCGCCGUGGCGGUGGAGGCAGAGAUUCCACUGAGGUUGGUGAUAUUCAUUUCGUUGGUGGUGCAGGGCAAAUGAUGGAAUCUAGUGAUGAUAGUGGUUAUGGUAAGGAUCAUGAAGAGGAUAACAAUGAUGAUGAUGACGACGAUGAUUUUCCGGCUUCAAAGAUAAGAAAAAUAGACGGUGUGUCGACGACUCACCGGACGGUGACUGAGCCUAAGAUUAUCGUUCAGACAAAAAGUGAAGUCGAUCUUCUCGAUGAUGGCUAUAGAUGGCGCAAGUACGGACAAAAAGUUGUCAAAGGAAAUCCCCAUCCGAGGAGCUAUUAUAAAUGUACAACGCCAAAUUGUACAGUCCGUAAACAUGUAGAGAGAGCUUCAACGGAUGCUAAGGCUGUGAUUACAACUUACGAAGGUAAACACAACCACGAUGUCCCUGCCGCUAGAAACGGUACCGCAGCUGCGGCGGGGACGUCUGACCACCAUCGUAUGAGAUCAAUGUCGGGGAACAAUAUGCAACAACAUAUGAGUUUUGGUAACAAUAAUAACACUGGCCAAUCUCCGGUUCUUUUGAGGUUGAAAGAAGAGAAAAUCACAAUUUGACUUUAAAACCGAAGAUUUCGAGAUUGAUUAUUUAGGAUUGGUUUAGCCGCUUGGUGAUUGAUUCUGAACCGGGCUACUACAUAUUGAUGACUUGUAUAACAUGUGUGAUGUGAAUUGAGUGCAUGCUUUUGACUAAAGAAAGAAAUUUGUUUUUUUUU